UCUACAGUCUCGAGCGGUUGGUAUGGAGACAGCGGCAGCCUCCUGAUCAACAGAGCUCAAACUGAGAUUUAAUAGUUUCACUGUUUUAGUGAAGCGCUUUAUAACAGCGAGCUUUAAACAGAUUUAUCUUCCUGUGGAGGUGUGUAGCUUUAUUGUGUUUUUUUUUUUUUUUUUUACCGUGAAGCAGAAAACCUAUUCUGGAGAGACGAUCAUGCGUCGACCAGAAGGCGGCAGUGCUGGAGAGGAUGAGGGGGCGAGUGAGCCAGAAGUACCUAUCCAAGCAUUUGCUCCAGAGGCUGAUUUACAGGAGGAACCUCAAAGCAACAUCUCAGCUAAUCCAGACCUGCAGUAUAUUGAGGAGCUCCUCUCAUUGGGGAAGAUCAGUGCUGCCAAAGCAUCAAGACUGAAGGCCAGCUUUAAUCUGCUGCAUGACACUUUGAAAAGUUCUCAGGAGUCCGAGCUGAAUCUUCUGCAGGAGGUGCAGAGUUUUUGUGUGGAGCUGGAUCGUCAGCAGCAGGAGCUGGAGAAAGCUGAGCUGUUUCGAGAGGGUCAGAACACAGAGGUCAGCCGUUUGAGGCAGCAGCUUCUCCAGGCCCACAACAAGAUCCAGGAGGCUGAGAACAGAGAGUUCCAUAUGCACAAUCAGAUUGAAUGUCUCCGGGAGGAAAAGAUUUAUCUUGAGAAAGUGUAUGAGAGCCAGCCUAAGCCUGCUGAGCAGGAGAAGCGCUAUCUGGCUCUGAAGGAGAGCUGUAAAGAGAUAAGGAAGGAGAUUGCCCAGCGCCGGCAGGAGGUCAGUGGUUUAACCGAGGGCAUUGAGGAACGCCACAAACAGAUGCUGAAAGUUCAGCUAAAGCUGGAGGAGAAUAAGGAAUUAAUUGAGAGUAAAGAGGCUGAACUGGUUGAGCUGCGCUCCAGGUCUGCCCAGCUGAGGAAUGAGAAUGAGAGAAUUGGCCACAAAAAGAUGGAUCUGGAGAAGCAUAAGGCUGGGCUGGAGCUGCAGCUGCAGGAGCAGGAAGAGCUGAAGAAGAAGACGCAGGCACGGUGCUGGCAGCUGGAGGAGGAGAGCAGGGCAGUAAAGAGGGAGCUAGAGGACCGCAUGGCUAAAAUGGAUGCUGCUCAGCGACAGAGUAACUUUAAGCUCACAGAAGUGGAGUUAACCAAGGAGAAAAAGGCCAUCCUUCUGGAACAGAGUUCUCUUCUGGACAUAAAAAUUCAGCAAACUACAAUGGAAAGGCAGUCCCUUCUGGAGAACGUGCCCCGGCAAAUGCGAGAGAAGGACAAGCUGCUGCAUCACCUAAAGAAGACUCAGUUGCAGCUACAGGAGUCCAAAAAUGCCCUAGAGCAAACCCAGGAGCUUUACAACAAAACCAAGUCCCAGAGGGAUAUAAUGCCUAAGGAUGAUGGUUUGAAACAGAAAAUUGAGAAUCUUCAAGAAGAAAUCAUCAAUUUGAAACUUAAAAUAGUGAAUCAGAUUUCACUGACGGAUCUUGAGGUCCAGGAGGUGGAGCAGUGUGUCGAGCAGGAACAGGCUCUGAUAAGAGAGUCUAAUCGCCGCCAAGAAGAGUUGCAUCACCUUAAAACCCUGAUUCUCAUUAAAGCAGACGAGAGAAAUCAGAAGAGCAGAGAGCUGCUCAAAGCUCGGGUAAGAUACAAUCGUAUCAGUGAGGACAUCCGGGGCAAACAGCUGCAGGUUCAGGAUCACAAAAAACAGCAUCAGCAGAUUCAGUCAAGACUGGGUAUGCUUGCCAAGAUGUACAGCGUCAUUAAGGCUGAGCGGAACAAGUGCGUGAACCUAAACCAGAUUGCCACCCAGAAAACGUCAGAGAUGAUGGAGAAGUUAAAAAUCCUGGAGAGCGAGUACGAGAUUCAGCGCACCACAGCGGUCGGUAGAAACAGGCUGUUGCAGAAGUCUCGUCUCAAGCAGGCCCAGAGCAGCACACUGAGAGACAGCUUAAGGAAUGACAUAUCCAAGGAGGCCUGGAUGCUGGAGGAGAUGCGGUGCAAGAGAGAUGAACAGAGAGUGAACAUCAGCAAGCUGGCCCAUUUGAUUAACAGCCAGGAGCACCAACUGCUGCACAUCCACAAGAGCCACGAGACUGCUGUCAAGAACCGGAAUGAGCAGAGAGUGCAGCUACUGGAAAGAGAGGAGGAGUUGUGCAUCUUCUAUGAGAAGGUGAAUGGACAGGAGAGCCUGAUCCAGGAAAGGAAUUUGGAAAUCGAGGCACUGGAGGAAGAAAUCCACUCUCUCAGAAUGCUCAUCACUGAGGAGAGGAGGCAGAUCGACUUAUGCCAAAAGCAGGUGCCUUGUAAGAAAGCAAUGGAGGAGGAGAUAGCCUUAUUGCAGAUACAGCUGUCUGAAUGUAGGGACCGUGUGCUGUCCCUGGAUAAGACUCUUGAGGACCAUGCAACUGAGAAACAAGCACGUGAACUGAGUGGUGAAGAUCCAUCUUAUGCAGAGCUCAUCAAAAUUACAGAACAGCUAGAGGUCCGUCUAGCAGAGAAAGAGGCUCGGUUGUUGGAGAAGGAGCUGGCUUAUGAGCAGGUGACACGUUUGUGUCAACAGAGUCGUACCAAGGUGGAGAGUGCUAAAGAGGACAGUCUUACGCUGGCCAAAAAGGUGAAUGAAUUCCAGAGGUGCAUUAGGGACUGUGAUAACAAGCUGAAGGCAGCAGCAGCAGAGCUGGCUAUGGAGAAGGCACAGGCGCUGCAUCUGCAGCAGGACCUGCGUGAGAAAGAGCUGCAGCUGGAUUUGUGCCACACGAGGUUGGAGCAGGGGCUGCCACCGUCAGAGAGCAUCGAGGAGGAGUGGCAGCGCUGCCUCAGAGAUCAGCGCAGACGCCAGGCAGAUGCAGAGAAGAGAGCUCGAAUUGCUGAGGAGGAAGAAAGGAACCAGCUUCCAAGUGGAGCGUACACUACAGCAGAGCCCCGACCCAAUGCCUACAUUCCCAGUGAAGACAUACUGCCCAUACCUAAGCCGUAUGGAGCUCUCGCCCCUUUUAAGCCCACUGAGCCUGGGGCCAACAUGCGCCACAUUCGCAAGCCUCAGCCUAAACCCACAGAGAUCUAAAGACCUGUCAUAUUUAGCUGCAACCCAAUAUCUAGGCUGCAUUCAGGUACAGCCAAGAAAUACUGCUGAUGUUUGGUGCAAUUUGAAAGAUGCAACUUUGUGGCACCUAAAGGAAAAAAAAACAACAAAAAAACACAAAAUCUGAGCACAGUUUCAUCGUGUGAUUAAUAGACUACUGAGAAGGAUUCUUUACAAAACUCCUAAACAUUGUAACACAGCUAUUAGUCUCAAAGGUAAAUAGAUCUGAACACAGCUGAUAAAAUUAAAAGUAAGUAUGCAUUCCACUGCUGUAAGAGAACAGUGUUUUCUUUUGAACAGCUUAUUCUUUUUCCAGGGAAGAAGCUCAACUCUUGUGUGUUUCUAAUUUGUGAGCUCAUGCUUACCGGCUGAGGCUGGCUUUUAUUGUCCCUAAACUGUAACUGAGAGUUCAUGCAGGGAAUUCAGAGAGUCGCUGCAAAUCUGCCAGGCCUGGAGGGCUGGAGGGAUGUGAGGCAUGCGGCGUGCUCUCCAGAGCCAGGUUUACACUCACUGCAGGGAAGUGGAUCAAACUCUCUCACUCACAAACACUUCGCCGAAUUCUGAUGAAGUGUGUGUUGUUUUUUGGGAAACGUUGCCUGUUUUAGUUUCAUUUUAGUUAUAUUUAUACCUAUAUGCAGUACUGUGUAAAAGUUUUAGGCAUCUUUGGAAAAUUUUAAAAACAUCUUAAACUUCUUAUCUGGGCAGUAAGUGUUUAUUAGCUUAGUAAAAUUCUAAUAUUAGAACAAACAAUUGAUAAUUAUCCAAAAAGUAGUGAUUUUACAUCACUGAGCUCAUUGGUACAUCUCCAAAGCUCUCCUCAUGGGAGUCUGGUAUUAUUUAUAGUUAUCAUAUCAGCAGCUGGUUUAUUAAAUCAGUGCUUAACGUUGUUAUGAAAUAACAAAUUUUUGGAGGAGGAACAUGCCUCAAGCCCUGCCUCUUAUCUAGCACCCUAUGAACACCAUCAACGUAGCUUAGGUAUCCUAUGUCACCCCUCCACCAUCCCAUCUCCCCCUUUUUUUACUC